GUAGCCUCAGCCAUCUGCAGGAAACCAAUUAGCAGGAAUAAAGAGCUAAGUGUUUUUCUCUCCUCUAUGUUCAGACCUCACUCUACCUCUCCCCCUCUCACACCCCUCCGUCCCUCUGUUUACUGUAGAUAUAGCUUUAAGAAGACGAUUUUAGGAACACAGAGAGGAGGACUGUGUUAUGCUGCUCUCUUUGCGGCUGUCCUCUCCUGCACGCUCUCUGGUCCAAAGGGAAUAUGUGGAUGUUCAGUAGACCCGCUAUUUGACUGGAUUACUACAGAUACAGAUACAGUCCAAGGAGUCCAGAGACGCCGCCGCCACAGCCGCACAGAUGUGGGGUAGUGAUGCGUGGCUGCUGUAGGAGCCAUUAUGGACAGCGGUGAGGGAGGGAGAGGAAGGGAUGGAGGGAGAGAGGGAGGAGAACCUGACAUCAGCACCAAGCCGUUAUCUCAUCCUCUCCUGACCCCGGAAGUGAUUCCUUGUAAGGGGUCGCCCUCUCGUACCUCAGCCCCGGCCCCUGCCAAAGAGCCUUCCAACCUGACUCAGACAGAGCAGGGGGGAGCAGAGGGGACCGCAGGCAGAGAGGAGACCCCAGAAGGGGAGGGGGGUAUAUACUCACAGAAUAAUGGUGUGACACUGAAAGAAGAGCAAGAGAAGGAAGAGAAGCUAAAUGAGAAGGAGAAAGAAAGAUUGUUACUAGUGGAUGACAGAGAGGAAACGGGAAGAAAAAACCUUGCACCAGCCUUCAGCAGCAAAGACAGAGGAGAAGAGGAAAAAGAGAAGGAACAGGAAGAGGAGGAGAGGGAAGAGGCCAUCUCAAACCAAAGCCAAACCAAAUCCAAAUGUAGUCUAUUACCUCGACAGAGCCAGCACAGCUCUGCUUCCAGCACUGUUAUGGCCAGUGGCACAUUGAACAGCAACAUCCACAUUACUCCUUCCAAUUCUCCAAAGCACUCUACCUCUCCUUCUACCUGUCCAAAGCUCUCAUUAUCACCUUCCAAUUCUCCAAAGCACUCUACCUCUCCUUCCAAUUCUCCAAAGCGCUCCAGCUUUUUCCCCUCCUCUCCUUAUCGUCAGAACGAGACAGAGGUGAGAGACACAGGAGAAGUGCAGGGCAAUAGUCCUAGUUUUCCUCUGAGCUUUAAACCCCAGCAGUCUGCUCUGUCUGAGUCCACCAGCACACCCGCUAAGGAUGAUGGUAGAGCAGACGCCACUCACACUUCCCUUAUUGCCAAUGGAGACACCGCCAAAGUUCCCAAACCAAACAACAACCCAGAAGUGAGAGAUGGAGAUAGAGAGAUGGAAAUAGAAAGAAAUGAUGAUGAGGGAAAUGGAGAGAAAGAAAGAGAGGGAGAUGAGAACAUAGAGACUGUAUCUAAGUACCUCCACUCCUCUCCCUCCUCUUCCUCCUCACCCUCUUCUCCCAUCUCACUGAACAGUCACAUGGCAUUGAUGCACUCCCGGAACUCCUGCAAGACGCUUAAAUGCCCCAAAUGUAACUGGCAUUACAAGUCCCAGCAGACACUGCAAGUCCACCUCAGAGAAAAACACCCAGAGUCUGGGGGCUCAUGUGUCUGUGGGGGCUUGGGGGAGAAUUGUGUUUGUGGAGGGUCAAGGGGUGUGUGUCUGUACUGUAGCACAGGGAAGGCCCAUCCUCGUCUGUCCCGGGGGGAGAGUUAUGUCUGUGGGUACAAGCCCUACCGCUGUGGUGUGUGUGAUUACGCCACGUCCUCUAAAGGAAACCUCAGCAUACACAUGCAGUCAGACAAACACCUCAGCAACGUACAGGCAGCGGGACAAACACAACAUGUGCACAGCACACACACACACUCCACACACAGCGGGGGCUCCUCUGUCAGAGACACAGCAGGCGAUCAGGUGUACGGACACACACACCCCGAAGUCACGCAGCCCCCGGAAAACACACCGGCCUACCCCAGCCAUCCCUCCUCCCAGGGUAAGAGGUGGCGGUGUGAGGUGUGUGAUUAUGAGACCAGCAUUGCGCGGAACCUGCGCAUACACACCACCAGCGAGAAACACACACAAAAUGUGUUGCGCCUGAAACACACACACAACGUGCUGCAGCUGCAGAGAAGCUACUACCUGGCCCACUGCAGGAGUCUGCCUCCUCAACUCACACUGCUACACAGCAUAGGUGGGGAGCAGUCUUUGGAUAUGCAUCAACUAACAGCAGAGGAGCCAGUUGCCCCAGAAUCAACCCUGACCCCCUCCCCCUCUCCUCCUCCCUCCUCCUCACCAUCCCCUUCUCCAUCCCCCUCUCCCCUGUCUCUCUCCCCCUCUCCCCCUCCUCCCCUGUCUCUCUCCUCCUCGUCUCCACUCUACCGUGGUGUGUUCCGGUGCCUGGUGUGUUUCAGUUUCUCCUCUGACAGUUUGGAGUCUCUUGGGUCUCACCUGAGUGCCCCCCGCUCCCUGCCCCAGUCUGAGUGGCGCUGUCUGGUGGCCGGAGGCUGCUACUGCAGGCUGUGUGGCUACAGCACCCCCCUCACAGCUAACUUCACCCUGCACUGCCAGACAGACAGACACAGGGCCCGCUACCAGCUGGCUGCCCACCUCUGGGAGAGAGGGGAAAAGGGGGAGGCUGUGGACUGGGAGGAAGUUGGGAAGUUGGUUGCUACAGGCAACCUGGUCCAGCUGAAGUGUAACGUGUGUGACUUCCAGACCAGCAGCUUGGAGAAACUGAGAAUACACAGUGUCAACUCCCAACACCAGGACAGCCUCAGAGUCUACAGGUUCUUAGAGCAGUAUGACAGUGCAGUAGCUGGAGGCUCCUUGUCGUUCCACUGUGUCUUGUGUAAUUACUCCUCCCGCUCUAAACUCCACCUACUGAGACACACCCACUCCACGGGUCAUCAUAAGAGGGAGGAGCUUCACCGCUUGCAGAUUGUGAAAAGGAGGAGCCUGAAUAAAGGAGAGGAGCUAGCUGCCAUCUUCAGCAUCAGGAAGUGUACCAGUCCUGAGAUGGAUGAAAGCAGUGAGGAGGGGGAGAGGAGAGAUUCCUUAUCCCCAGCCAAGCGAUCAUUCUCUUGGCUGGAGGAGACACAGAGCCCCCUCUCUCCCAAACGCCCCAGAACAGACAAGCACACCACUGACCAACAGACUACUGCCAAGUGCCCACUGUGCCAGGACACACUGGUACACACACACCUGAGACGUCACCUCACACUCACUCAUAGUGUGGCCCAGGACUGUGUGGACAAGCUCAUGAGCACUGUGGCAGUGGAGCUGCCAGAGAUUCUACAGAAAGAGACACUGCAGAGGGAUUCCCAUUCAAACGACUCCAACACAAACGAAUAUCAAACAAACGAUUCCAACACAAUGGACUUUUACGCAAAGGAGUCCCUCAGAAAUGAGUCUCAAUCAAACGACUCCCAUAUAAAUGAAGAAGAAGUGAUACCAGCCAAAGAUGUCCCUGCUCUGCCCACCCGUCCUUGUGAGGACCAGCAUCUAGCAGAGGACAACACCUCUCACCUCCCAGAGUCCCCCAGCUCAUCCCCUCCCCCCCCCACUCCUCCCUCUCCCUCCCUCAGCCACCUCCCUUCAUCUGCCUUACCCCCCUCUCCUCUCAGCGAUGCCCCUCCCUCCUCUGAUCGUCAUGGUUACAGGUUCCGCUGUGGCAGGUGCAGUCUAGCAUUCCGGACACAGGAGAAGCUGAAGCUGCACUGGCAGUACCAUGCCAUGAGGGCGGCGACAGAGUGCCACCUCUGCCCCAGACGCUGCCGCAGCCAAGAGGCCCUGCAGAGACACCUGCUCAACACACACCUACAGGACCUACACCUACAGGGUACACACCCUGACCAGAGUGGAGCACACGUCCAACGACCAACCAGCCUGGAGGGGGAGGAAGAGGAGGGGGAGAGUAUGGAGGAGGAAGAUGAGGAGGAGGGAAAUGAAGGAGAGGAGGAUGAAAAGGAUGACCCAGAUGAGGAGGAGAGGCCCAGUCCAGGGGUUAGUAAUAGUGACAAGGGUUCAGGGCAGCAGGGGGAGGAGACAGGGUCAGAAUCCAGCCCCCUCAUCAAGGGCUCAAAACCGACUCUGGAGCGGUUCCUGGACCCGGCUCGGCCCUACAAGUGUUCAGUCUGCUGUGAGUCCUUCACUCAGAGAACCAUCCUGCUGGUCCACUAUAACUCUGUGUCCCACCUCCACCGAGCCAAAGCCAGACGGGCCCUGCAUGACUGCAGCCCCAGUUAUGCUGACACCCCCCAGGGCCUGGAACCAAGCCCCUACCGGUGCAGCCUGGCCUCUGACCCCAGGCCCUACCGCUGCAGAAUGUGUGGGGUGGCCUACAGCCAGAGCUCCACCCUGGACAUCCACCUCCGUUCUGUACUGCACCAGACACGAGCCCGUGCAGCUCGGACCCAGCUACCACUGAACCCCCACACUCACCAAACUCUAGCUCCAGCCUCAGCCUCAACCCAGCCUCCCCACACCCCAGUCCCAUCCUUGGUCCAAACCCAGACCCCUGCCUCCAGCCCUUCGCCUGGAGGAGAAGAGGCAUCUACCAGGGGAACCCCCCCAGCAGUCACCAGACCAGCCCCUGCCUCCCCAAGUCCCUGUUCCUCCCUGAGUGAAGCCCAGCUGAGUGUGGGUGUCUCCGGCCAGGUUAAGGGUCAACAGGCUAAGAGGAGGAGAGUAGAGGACCUGACCGCUUCCGCAGGACAGCAGGACCUGACGUUACUCCAACAGCAAUUAGCCCAGGCCCAGAUACAGCAACACACAGCCCUCCUCCAGCCCCAGAUCUUUAGUCCAACACUGCUCCCACACCUCCCCUUACUGCAACAUAACCUCCUAAAGCAGCACCUCCCUUCAGCAGCAGAGAUUCUCCAACACGGGAACCUCUUCCCUCCCCUCCCCUUAUCGCCAGACAGCCUAUUCUCUCUACAGCAGCAGCUGCUACUGUCCUUCUACCUUUCUGGAGGGCUGCUACUCAACCCCAACACAACCCUUAUGAACCAGACCAGCUCAGCUGUCUCCCCUCAGACCACCUCAGCUGUCUCCCCUCAGACCACCUCAGCUGUCUCCCCUCAGACCACCUCAGCUGUCUCCCCUCAGACCAGCUCAGCUGUCUCCCCUCAGACCACCUCAACUGUCUCCCCUCAGACCACCUCGGACCAACGCCCCCAGAUAGAGAGGCUUGGACCUCCCUCUCCACAGCCAGAGACGAAUAGAAUCCAGUUUCCAGCCCAUGCUCCGAAAUGUGAAACCCAGGCUGAGACCGCUGACAGUGACUCCCCCCUCCACCAGACAGAGAAAGAAUACAACCCAUCCUCCCCUCCUGAUGGAGAUGGAGAGAAGAACGGAGAGAUGCAGGAGAGUGAGAAGAAGGAGAGAGCAGAGAAGGCCCUCAGAGUUCUGUUGGAAAGAUACGGCUGGGAACUGGCCCUACAAAGCACUCAGAGCAGACAGAGACAGCAGAACAGAGAGAUGGAGGGAUGCCUGGAGGAGGAGGAGAAGCAGUGUGGAGAAUGUGGGAAGCUGUUCUCUGACUCUCUGAUCCUGAAGAGCCACCAGGAGUUUGUUCACCGCCAGAUGAUCCCUCCUGUAGUGUUGGAGAUGUUCUCCAGACAGUACAGGCUGCAGUACGACCGCCUCUACCCCCUCAGACCCUUCACACCGGGGGACACUGAGACAACUAUUGUUGCACCCCUAACCCCAGCUUCAGCACCUGCACUUGCACCUUUACCCUCAGCACCAGCCUCAGAUUCAACCCUCGACCAAGCCCAAUUCCUCUCCAUCUCCCAAACCUCAGUCCCAGCCCUUACCCCAGCUGCAACCCUAACAGCCAUAGACCCAGCUGUGCCCCCACCACCAGCAUCCGUAUCUGUAACCCUGUCCCCAGACCAAGCCCCAGUUAAUUUCCUCUCCCCAGUCCAAGCCAGAGCCUCACCAACACCCUCUCCUCCUCCACCCCCCGCCAACCACAACCACUUUCAGAGCAGGACGCCCAGCUCUACCCCAUACACUACCACCCACUCUGCUCCUAGCCCAGCUCUACCCCCAUACACUACCACCCACUCUGCUCCUAGCCCAGCUCUACCCCCAUACACUACUACCCACUCUGCUCCUAGCCCAGCCCUACCCCCAUACACUACCACCCACUCUGCUCCUAGCCCAGCCCUACCCCCAUACACUACCACCCACUCUGCUCCUAGCCCAGCCUUGCCCCCAUACACUACCACCCACUCUGCUCCUAGCCCAGCUCUACCCCCAUACACUACCACCCACUCUGCUCCUAGCCCAGCCCUGCCCCCAUACACUACCACCCACUCUGCUCCUAGCCCAGCCCUGCCCCCAUACACUACCACCCACUCUGCUCCUAGCCCAGCUCUGCCCCCAUACACUACCACCCACUCUGCUCCUAGCCCAGCCCUGCCCUCUCUGAAGCGUAGGCUGGAGGAAGGGACAGAGGUUAGGCCUAUGAGUGAUGUGAUGGCCGGUGAUGGAGAGGAAGGGGGAGAGAGGGAGGGAGAGGGGGAUGAGCAGAGGCGGGAUAGGCGCCAGAGGACCACCAUCAGUGCGGAGCAGCUAGAGGUUCUGUACCAGCGCUACAGUCUGAACUCCAACCCAACCCGCUCUGUACUGGAGGGCAUCACCAGGGACACAGGCCUGAAGAAACGUGUGGUGCAGGUAUGGUUCCAGAACACUAGGGCUCGUCAGAGGAAGGGCCAGCUCCAGACCCUGGGGAGAGGAGGUUUAGGUGUGGGUCUGGGUGACAACCACAGGCGCUGUCCAUUCUGUAGGGCUUUGUUCAAGGCUCAAAGUGCCCUGGAUGCCCAUGUUAGGGCCCGCCACUGGUCCCAGACUGACAGACCUGCCUAUGGUCUGUCUCAUCAGAUAGGUUCCGCUGAUGACUUCAGCUUUUCUCACAACCAUGGAUCCUACAGAGACAGGGAGGGUCCCCCACUGCCCCUCCAGCAUUCUCCCUCUCUCUCCCACCAUCCUUCUCUCCCUUCCCCC